AUGGGUGAUAGCGAUGAUUAUUACUAUGGUGAAGGGACCAUGGAUCCACUUGAGAAUGCACCGGAAGUCACAUAUAACUGGAUGGACAUUACUUCUGAUUUCUUUAAAUAUACUCAAGAGCUUCAGCUAGGUGAACUCCUGCAUGAUGGACACCUAUUUGGUCUAUUUGAAGCAAUGUCUGCAAUUGAAAUGAUGGAUCCUAAAAUGGAUGCAGGCAUGUUGUGCAAUAGAGGAAAUCCGAAGCCCCUAAAUUUCCAACAGUCUGUCGAGUCUGGCAAGAUUAAAAUUGAUGACUUGGAACCAAGCGAGCUGAUUGGUAUUAUAGAUGCCACCAUGGCCUGUAUCGUAUCUUGGCUAGAAGGUCACUCUUUGGCUCAGACAGUAUUUACAAAUCUUUACCUACAUCAACCUCACUCGAUACCAAAUAAACCACUGAAGGCUUUUUGCAUUGCCGUUUAUAAACUAUUGGACUGUAUUAGGGAUUGUAUUAAUAAGGCACAAGUAUUUGAAGAGGAGGAUUUUCUGCCCAUGGGCUAUGGAUAUAGAUUAGGAUCAAAUCCCCAAUCUGGUAACACUUACGAUGCCAGCUUGGAAGUGACAGAACAAAAGUGUAUAUCAAUGUUGAGAGAACAAGAGGAGGAGUUGAAUAAGAAGGCAAAGAGUUUAGAAGAUGAGGGAAAUAAUGUAUGGACAGGCCUUGCAGCUAGGAUUAGAUUUACCAGGAUGUUUUAUCAAGCCCUGUUAUUGAUAACUAAAAAAGAUUCUCAAUCCGGUGCUGACUGUGUUGCGCUGCUUAAUGGAUGUUCAGAAAUGAUGAAAGUUAUUAUUAGAACAGCUGCAAAGGGGACUCAGGCUGAGGAAAACUCGGACGCACCUAAUCCUAUGGGUUUCGAGCCGAUGAUCAAUCAGCGUCUGCUGCCACCGACUUUUCCUCGAUAUACCCGCAUCAAAGCUAGACCGGACGCGCUCCAAUACUUCGAUUCGCUUGUGACAAGACUCAGACAUGCGUGGAAGAUCACAUCUUGCACCAACUUUCAUACAGCAUUGGAUUUCUUCAUGGACUUCAGCAGACAGCGUGCGUGUAUCCUAUCCCGUUCGGCGCUACAGCUGCUGUAUUUGAGCCCAUCGCCAGCAGCGUUAGCCUCUAUGGUCCAAAGCAACGUAAGCAGCCCGGCAGGGCAGCGGCCGCAGCAGGUCUUUAUCGAAAUCCUUAGAGAAUCUAUAAAGAGUUUUGUCAACCCGCCUGUACUUGCUAAGACGCCGACUGGAGCUAAUCCACCCGCCCGUGAAUAUGUUGAGAAGUUCCUAGCGCGUUGCGUCCGCCCUUUCGCAGUUUUGCUGCAAGUGUCGGGCCACAACCGUGCCCGACAGCGCGAUAAGUUUGCUCUUCUGCUGGAUGAGUUUGCAGCGCUGCAAGAGGAGGCGGAGAGUGUGGACGCAGUUGUGGGCCGUGCGGCGGGUGGCGGUCGGUCUUGGUUUGGUACGUGGGUUCUAUACCAUGUCCUGCGCGUGAUGAUUGCGUAUCUCCUAUCUGGACUAGAGCUCGAACUCUACAGUGUUCACGAGUACCACUAUAUAUUUUGGUAUCUUUAUGAGUUCCUAUAUGGCUGGUUGGUAUCGGCAUUAGGGCGAGCUGAGAGCCUCUCCGGCGAUGCGUCUCGUCGUUCGGAAAAACGUAGCGGUGCCAAGAAGUUGAAGAAGCGUGCUCGGCCCUACGCUCGGGAGGCCCUCCUCUGUCAGGUCUUGCAGAACAUGUGCGGGGGAUAUUAUAAGGCACUUGUAGCAUUCAAGCUGCAAGGGAAAAUCAAAAGGCCUAAUUCUCGGUUCGAUAACGAAGCGGUGAGGUACAAGCAUCGGUUUGCGCCGUUCUCUGUCCUGACUCCACCACAAGUUCUGUACUUCGAGUUCUUCGAGAUGACUCAGCCGUUACAAUAUGAGAACCCCGUUAUACUGUACUUGGGUGGUUGCAAACAUUUCCAACAAGCGAGGAAUCUCUUGGAAAGUAUUACAACGCCGGAUCAGGAGAUAACGGACUUGCUGAAAGUGGCGAAGACAAACUUCGUAGUAUUAAAAUUACUCGCAGACGGCCACAAGAAAGACUCAACGACGCCACCGGAGUUUGACUUCUCCGUGCAUAGAUAUUUCCCUGUGCUUAAGUUAGUUUAA